UCCCUAACUAAACAAGAAACGACAACCUCAUUGGAUUGCAAAUCUUUUAAACUGUAUGUACUAACAAGUUAAUUUUCGCGGGGAUAUUUCAAAGCGCUUGUUUUCAUUGGUUCAGCUUAAGUUCAGCGUAAUUCAAUAAAGCGAAAGCGAAAGUGAAAGUUUUUCUUGAAGCGCGUCCUCCCGUGAUCCUUUUUUUAAAAACGUUUUCAUGAUUAUUUAUUAUAUAAUGGUAGAUUUGUCUGUUUUUAACUCAUGAUGGGCAUGCUUGGCUGUGUUUUGAUGUCACUGCUUGUGAUGGUCGCUGAUGGCUUCGUCGUUCACGGUUCCUCUGGUCCUCUGGUUGCUCCUCUGGGAUCUUCAGUGGUUCUGCCCUGUUAUGUUGAUAAACUCUCAUCAAUGAAGGGUCUGGAGGUGGAAUGGAGAAGAGCAGACUCAAACGCUCUGGUUCACUUGUUUCUGGACGGUGAGAGUCGACCAGAGUCCCAGGAGCCGGAUUAUCAGGAUAGAGCUCAUUUCUUCACUGAUCAGAUUCAACACGGAAACUUCUCCCUCCGCCUGGACAACCUGACAGCUGAAGAUGAGGGACGAUACACAUGUAGAGUUUAUAGUCAAGAAGAUUCUGGAGAAGUUCUGGUUCAGUUAAAACAUGAGCGAUUUCUGGUAUUGGGAUCCGAUCGGUCCGUGUCUGCGUAUGACGGCGAGGACGUGACUCUGAACUGCUCUCUAGAUUCUCACGUCUCACUCGAAGACGUUGAGGUGUCUUGGACAAGAACCGAUGGAGGUAUUCUGGUUCUGCUCUUCCAAGACAAUCAGACUUUCUCAGACUCAGUGGAUGAGCAAUACAGAGACAGAGCCGAGUUCUUCACUGCUGAAAUCUCCAAAGGAAACUUCUCUCUCAGACUCAAGAGUGUCAGAAUUGAGGAUAAAGGGGUUUAUAUGUGUCAGGUGUCCGCCGGAGUGCUUUCAGCCAAUGUGACUGUUGAACUGGAGCAACUGGGUUUCUCUUCCUGGCACAUAGCUGUGCUGUUUUUCUGUAUUGCCGCUGGCUUGGCAGCUGUGCUUCUGCUUGUGUCUCUGAUCUGGUGCAGGAUGAACAACGCUGCCGGUUCCAUCAGCAAGAAAGUCUGUGAUCUGCAGCUUUCUCUGGUCUUUUGUCCAAACAUCUGUAUGUUCUUGGCCUUCAUGCUCUGGGGCUUCACUGAAGCAUCUCUGAAUGAGACCAUCACUUGCUGCGCUCUUUAUAUUCUGAGGCCUUUCAUGUUGAUUUGGGCUAUGCCUUAUUUAAACUAUCUUCAAGGCAACCUUAAAGCAUGGAUCAAGUUUUUUAAAAUAACCAGAGAAUUAGCUAUUUUUACAGUGGUCUUUUAUUCAGCUCUUUUUGCACAUGGCUGGAGAUUGAGAGCACAUGAUGCUAGCAUUGUGCCUCGUGUAGCCAUGGGAAUAUCAUUUGGAGUUAUUGUGCUGUUGUGUCUUCUCUUGAGUAGAGGUUUUAAAAACAAGAUUCUGCAUUUAAUUUUAAUUUCUUGCUUGUCUGUUUGCCAAAUGAGCCAGCUGAUGUUCACAUUUGGAUUUUCCUCUCUGGGUAACACCUAAAUACAUAUCCUUUUAUUAAACUAAUAUUCAAAAAUGACAUUUGCUUAUUUUGUUUCUGUGUGUAAAAAAAACACACAUUAAUAUUAAUAUAUGCAUAUAAUUCAGCCAGUUUCAUCUUGAUGUAGAUCUUCUGGAAUAUAUUCAGUGUUAACAUGAAUGCACAAACUGAAUUUAAUAUGUUAUCAAUGAUUUUUACAUUUAUGUUAAUUUCUGAGCAUAUCAUAUGAUGUGUUUCAAUGACAUUAUGUACUGGUGAUCUGUUUGGAUGGGAAAUAAUGGAUUAAUGAAUCAUUCUCUUAUUUUAGAAAUUACCAUUGCGGGAAUUGUUUCGAUUCUACUGAUAAACUUUAUAUCGUUUUUAUCUUUUCUGCAAGCAAGAUUUAAAUUACUCCACCGUAGAUGUAUAACAUCAUUGUGGAUGACAAUGACGCUCCUGGCUGGAGUCCUAUUCAUGUAUUUUCUUUCAGACCUAUUCAGAAGAGAGAAAGCGUACCUGGAAUGGACCUGUGUCAGUUUAUUUAUUGAAGUUCUGAAGAUGAUCGUGGUCUACGUGAAAGGGGCAGAAUGUUUAGUGGCCCAGAGACGAGGACAACAGACUGAGAUGAGGCAACAUGAAUCAAGUGCAUUGUCUCGCUGUAAUGAAAUCGUGUACAUGUUUGGAGCAGUUGGUCUUGUUUUUCUGAUCUCUGUUACACUGAUAGCAGAACUGAUCCUGAAAGCACGAAAUGGAGAGCGUGUCAUUAAGGAUCUAGGAGUCAUUGUCUUUCCUUCUGAAUGUGCUUUUGCUUUUUAUUGGCUGGUUUUACGAGUACAUGCUUGCUGGAAGAUUUUUACAGCUAGGACGCAUCCGAGAGUCAACUAGAGAAUCUGUCUGGACCUGAUCUUGCUGACACAGACACAGACACGAGAAACAAACUCAUAAACAUUUCCCUCUGUCUGGAGUAAAAACCAACAAACUGAGACUGAAAACUACAGUGUUAAGUGGAGAGUUUUGUAACACUUGGAUAAUUUUACAUUGGUUGCUGAAUCAUUUCAAAAGUAAAAUGUGAUGUAUUUUUGAGGCUGAAUUAAGUUUGUUAUUAGAUUAUUCUAAUAAUUUAAAACUAAAUAUUUCACAGUUUGAGGUGCAGCUCAUAUGUGAAUGUGGUGUUUAUUCAGUUAAAUAUGAGGGAGCUGAACGUGAAGAUCUUUGAGGCUGUUGCAUCAGUGGUACGAAGCCCACAUUCUGCUUCAGCUAAAAGUGAAGUUCUCUUCUUUGUAAAUAUGUAACAUGUUAAGAUGAUCCAGCAGUUUGUAAAGUGUCUUAAUUGCAUGCGGUGUGUGCGUAUUGAGUUCAACAGCAGUUGGACACUUUAAGAGACUGUGAUUAAUGUUUAGUGAUUCAAAUCUGAGUUCACUGAAGACAUAGAAUGCUUGUCAAGAUGUGUAUUUCAACAUAACUUGGUAUGUAUUACUUGGUAUUGUCCAUUUAGGCCCCAAAAAAUGCAAAAGGCAAUAAAGUGUUUGCGGGCUGUAA